AUGGCUCACCUACAUUGGGAUGCACUUCGCCACCUACCUGAGGCUGCUACAGGUGUUCAAAUCGAUGAUUUCAAGGCGAAGCAGAAUAUUGAUAAAGAGAAAUGUGAAGUAUGCAAGGUUUCCUACGCCUUGAGGCAGAUCUCGAGACGUCCUAUGAUGAAGGCAGAACAGUCUUUUCAGUGUGUGCAUUCUGAUCUUAUUCAAAUGACUCCUGCAUUGAAUGGAGAUCAGUGGAUCUCUCAUUUCUAUGACGAGAUGACUCGAUUCCAUUUCCUUACCGCUCACCGAAGAAAAAGCGAGUGUGUUAACGUGAUUAUCAGCUUCACGCGUCAAAUGAAGAAUUUAUUCGGAUAUAGUGUCAAGUUCUUCAAGAGUGAUCACGAGCAGACUCUUUGUAAUACAAUCAAGGAUUUUGAAGCGCUUGAAGGGAUUGUACACGAGUAUUCAGUAGUUGGCACACCAGAACAAGAUGGUCCUACAGAACGCGCUGGGUCAAUAGCGAGGAAAUUGAUGAUUGAAGCGAGAUUACCUCGUGAUCUUUGGCCCUGGGUCAGCUCAGCAGCAGCGAAUAUUGCUAAUCGUACCCCAACCGCCGCUUUGCAGUGGAAAACCCCUUAUGAAAGAAUCACGGGACGAAAGCCUGAUCUUUCUGGAUUUCGAACGGUUGGUUGCAUUGCCUACACGCGACAGGAUCAGGAGAGGAGCGACAAGAUGGCUCCCCGCGCCUAUAGAGGUGUUCUCCUAGGAUUUGUGGCUUCAAAUAUCUGGCACAUAUGGAAUCCGAAGGAGCAGCGUGCAGAGGAGGCAACGGACUCGUCACUUGAGCCACCCACAGAGGUGCUAAACCUACCGAGAGGCGAAGGGAUCUUUCUUGAAGAGAAUACGGACCAGACAGAGUCCGCAGGAAUAACGGGAUUGCCAGAAAACGUGCCGGAUUCAGCUUCAAACGAUGAAAUCGGUGAGAAAUCAGAUGGUGGAGAGGUUGCAGAAGGUCAGGGGGUGAUCCCUAGUGGUCAAACUGAGCACCCCGCGCAACCAGGACCCCUACCAACACCUAAACCGACUCCUGAACCCAACGCUGAAUUUCACGAUAAUUUGACCUCGGACCAGCGCCGCACCGAUACGAUUCCGGGAGGAUUUCCAGAACGUUCAGACGAUCCUCCACGAGAUGAAUCACCUUCACGAAUUCUGCAGGAUUCGCUGCAGAUCGCUGCCUCGGCAGACAGGGACCCUCCACUUGAGCAAACCACUCAACGUGACGAUUUCGAGAUGCGGGAAGAUCACGAUUCACAACACUCAUCGAGAUCAAGGGGUAGAAGACGAAUAGGUCCUACUGAUGAUGGAACUCGUGAAGAGAAUAUCCUACGUACGAGAAGGGCCCCAAAGCCAAAGAGGGACCCCCAAUAUGUCAGCCACAUGACCGUUGAGUCAUUUGUUGAAGCUCCGAGGAUCGAAAAGAGCUUCUUUAUAGCUAUGAAUCUCGCAGAGAGAGAGAGAUACUGGCACCGAAGCGAUCUUCCUCCGCCGAAUUCCUAUACAGAAAUACUGCAACACCCGCUCAAGAACGAAUUCUUGCAUGCUGCGCAUAUUGAAGUGGGUAAUCUCAAGGCAAUGGAUGCCUUUGACCUUGUCGAAAUCGACGAAGCUCGAAAUUCGCAGAUCCUUCCACUAAAAUGGGUCUUCACAUACAAAUUGUAUGAAGAUGGCAAUUUCAUAAAAGCGAAAGGACGUAUCUGUGUGAUAGGAGACCUUGAAAGGGACACGGUUGGUAAUAAUUUUGCUGCAACAGCGUCCGCGCGAGCGUUCCGCGCAGUCAUGGCACUCGUGGCAGCUUUUGAUAUUGAUACUGAUCAGAAAGAUAUGAGCUACGAGAGAUGGGAGAGGAAGCUCUGGCUUUGUCAAGACGCUUAUCUAUCGAAUGUCGCCGUGAAGUCUCAUCUAAAUGAUCUCACCAGAUGGCCGGAUACAGCUCUAUCGAGUUCUCUGGAUCUCUCGCCCUACGAUGGUCAAGCAACGGAGGCGAAGAUAAUGGAAUACUCCAUGAAGAUAGGAUCCGCUCAGUAUCCUGCAAUGAUCACACGGCCUGAUAUUGCACAUGCAAUAAGCCGCUUAUCUGAAACGCUGAAGAACCCGUCUCCAGACCAUAUUCAAGCCGCGAAUAGAGUCAUCGCCUACCUCUACGCAACUCGAUUUCUUGCGAUUGAAUACGCCGCCGAUUCAAACAUCAAAGAAGUGAUAGUAAUCGGAUCAGACGCCGCCUUCGCAGACCGACCUGAUCGCAGUUCGGCAGGAUAUCUCGUCAAGCUAUACAACGGCCCGAUUGAAUGGAAAUCAGGCAAGCAGCGCGCCGUUACAACUUCUACAACUGAAGUAGAGUUUCUCGUUCUAUCCGAAGCCGCCAAGGCCACCUACUGGUGGAGCAGAGUUUUCAACACCAUGGGGUUCGAUCCCCAACACGAAAUGUUCGUUUCUUGUGACAACCAGCAAACCGUUCGACUCGCCAAUUGA